GGCGUUUUCCAGACAAUCUGGAAGACUGAAAUCAUUAAGCAGCGUUUUGGGGUUCUGUAUUUCUUCAUUAUUUAUUUAAAAAAAAAAAAUCUGUAAAAACGUGCGUUUUUAAUAGAAGGGUGAAUCGCGAAUAGGCCUAUAAACUAUAUUUUAAUGAACGUUACCAGCUGAAACACAUACACCCUCAUAGAUAGUAACGGGCUUUGUGUAUCCCAUCUUGAGAAGCGAAAACGAUACUGAAUUAUCCGCUUUUAGGCCUAUUAAGUUAAUUCUUCGAAAUGGCCUUUGUUUUUACUUCAGUUUUCAUAGUUUAAAAAAACGCAUUUUUGGAUUUCAUCAAACAAACGCGCUCUACUAAAUCAUGAGGAGUUUUUUGAUCGGAUAUUUAGGGAACUGUGAAUAUGAUUCAUAAAUCUUUUUUCUUCUGCCUGUGGAUUUGGAUUUGGUUCUCACGUGGUGUGUUUGGUGACACAGAUGAAGUGAAGUCAGUGUCAGUGAUGGAGGGAGAUUCUGUCACUCUAAACACUGAUGUUACUGAAGUACAAAAGGAUGAUCAGAUACUGUGGGUUUAUAGACUUAACAGUUCAGACAUUCGUAUAGCUCAAAUCUAUAAGCAGAUCAUUGAUAUGUAUGACAGUGAAGUAAUGUUUGGAGACAGACUGAGAAUGGACACACAGUCUGGAUCUCUGACCAUCAGAAACAUCAGAACCACAGACUCUGGACUUUAUAAACUGAGCAUCUUCAGCAGAAGUAGCUCCUACAGGCAUUUCAGUGUUAAUGUCUAUGCUCAUCUACCCAUUCCUGUCAUCAUCAGAGACUCUUCAAACUGUUCAUCAUCAUCAUCAUCAGCAUCUGAACGUUCAUCAGUGUCCAGAUGUUCAUUGGUGUGUUCAGCAGUGAAUGUGAGUCAUGUGACUCUCUCCUGGUACAAAGGAAACAGUUUAUUGUCCAGCAUCAGUGUGUCUGAUCUCAGCAUCAGUCUCUCUCUACCUCUGGAGGUGGAAUAUCAGGAUAAAAACACCUACAGCUGUGUGAUCAACAAUCCCAUCAGAAACCAGACUCAACAUCUGGACAUCAAUCGACUCUGUCACACAUGUCCAGAACUGAAGUCAUCACAUUGGGUGGGAAUAUUAGUUAGUUUAGUGAUACUGGCUGUAUUAGCUGUGGCGGCAAUAAUCUUUCUCAGAAGGAAGAGCAAACAAGCACAAUCACAAAAUGUCCCGACUUGUGAGGAAGAGGUAUGUUAUACCGAAACAACAUUUCGUGCUCGCAGUGUUCACAGUACGGUAAGACACUGUAUAUCUGUAUGCAGAAACCUCAGCUUUUACCACAGACGCUCAGAAAAGAGCCGUUUGCGCUUAUGUGUCAAAGCAGUAGCUGUGUCAUCCUGUGCUGAUAAAGCUAAUGGAGAAGACCACAUCAUAUACUCGAGUAUUAAUGUAACUUGACAUAUUUGUUGCAAGUCCAUGUUACAAAUGCUGCAUUUAUUUGAUUUGAAACAUUUUUCUCAACAUUUUCUGUGACUAAUACACAGCACAGUGUUAUCCAUUUUAAUCCUGCAGUAACCUUCCAUCCUGCUCUAACUUGUUUUGGCAGUUAACUGCUUAUCUGUUAGACAAGACAUGUUCAUG